AUGCACCAUGUUGAACCCAGCACCAAGGGUCAAUUUAAGGAUUUCCUUAAAACAGUCAUCAGCUUCACGGGUGAUCUUUCUUCGCUGACCUGUCCCGCAUUUUUCUUAAAUGGAUUGUCUCUCUUGGAAUAUGGUACUUAUUGGGGAGACCACCCAACUUGUUUCACCGCUAUUAGCCAGUCUUCGGAUCCAAAGGAACGCAUGCUGGCAGUAACACGCUGGUUUAUGUCAACCUUGUGGGGAAGUUAUGCAUCGCGCUGUACAAACGGGUUGAAUGAGAAGAAGCCUUACAACCCUAUCUUGGGUGAGCAGUUCAGAUGUAAUCUUGGCGAUGUUUCCUGUAUCUUGCGUCACCAUCCUCCCAUCUCAGCCUUUUACUUGGAAGAUGAAAAGGCUGGUGUUUCUCUCAAUGGCCAUUGUGGUCAAAAGUCCAAGUUCAAGGGUACUUCUAUCAAGAUCGAACAAGUUGGACGUGCGGUUUUGUAUGUGAAGCCAUGGAAUGAGCAGUACUUGAUUGAUUUCCCGGACCUAAUGAUCCGCGGUGUGUUCACUGGUGCUGCCUUUAUUGAGUUGAGCGGCGCAUGCACCAUCAUGUGUACCAAUGGAGCCAAGUCUGUUAUUGAGUUUGUUCCCAAACCAUGGUUUGGCGGUGAGUACAACCACAUCAAGGGAGGGAUCAGCUAUGAAGGCAAAGAGUGCUACACCCUCUCCGGUAGAUGGAGCCACCAGUCGUUCUACAGCAAUGCAGGCAGCUCUCAAAAGGAACUCUUGUUUGAUGCCGAGGCUGAGCCCAUGGCAGACCGCCGCACACCACCUUAUGAUGAGCAAAAGGAGAUCGAGUCUCAUCGUCUGUGGGGCAAAGUAACUGAGGCAUUAAAGGUCAAGAACUUCCAGGUUGCCAAUGCCGAGAAAUCCAAGAUCGAAGAAUGGCAGCGCAAGGUCCGUAAGGAAAGAGAGGAAAAGCAUGAGACAUGGGAGCCAAGUCUCUUCAAGUUUGUCAAGGAUGAAUCUGCUCGGGAUUCGUACACAACUCACACUGCUGCGUUGAAACAAUCAAUGGUUGGCAAGCCUUACCUAGACGAAGGUGCCUGGGUGUAUGAACAAUCACUUCACCUGCGUAACUAG